CCGGAUAUAUCAUCUCCAGGGCGGAAUCGGGUCGUAAUUAAUCCUCCCCGCGCGGCGAACUUUGAUCGGCGAUAGAGGGGGAGGCGCGAAGGAAGUGGUUGGUGCUUCAUAUUUGAUUGGAUCGUGGGAAAAUGCAUCCUCCUCUAACCUUACACAAGCACCCGAUGUGUGCAGAAAUUAUUGAGCAGUUCCAACAGUGCCAUAUAGAACAUCCAUAUGGAAAAUUCUUUGGUAAAUGUACAGAUCUGAAGAUAAAGUUGGAUCGCUGUUUCAGGGAGGAAAAAGCUUUGAAGCGGAAGGCAAACUUUGAAAAGAGCAAGGAGUUCAAGCAAAGGCUAGAUGCUUUUAGGAAAGAAAAUGCUGCAAGCAGUAGCCAGUAGAAGAAUCUUCGCUGAUCUUACAAGGCCCCCGAACUCUAGUGAAAAAUUGUUAGAGCAACACGGAAAUUUAGAGGUUCCUGGAGACAGAAGUGUGAUUAACGUUUUGCUACCUACCUUGAGCCAGGAUGCUUUUAAGUCUACUAUGGAGUAUACAGAUUUUGCCUAUUGUUAUUGUAGUCUGUUUUCUCUGUUCCUCAAUUCGUUAAUUGUAUUCUUAGCAGAAAGAAAAGUAAAAUAAUGAAAGGGAAAGAAUGAAAAAGGGGUUGAAUAUGUGUUUCUGACAUUUUAUGUAAUUGCGUUAUUUUGAAAAGUGAAAUAAAUGAGUCAAAUGUGAGGCCAGCACAUUAAGUUAAAAGGCCAAACU